AUGACGCCUUCUAAGUUUAAGAAUCGCUGCCCUGUAUGUCACCGGCCGUCUUGGCGCCUGCGACGCCACUUGGAUGACGUUCACAGCGUCAGGAACGCCCUGGAGCGAAGGAUCCUGUUGGCGUUUGCCAGAGGGCGAGUGAGCGUUCGCGGCAUGAAGUGCCCCGUCGGCGGCUGCUCGUACGGUGGGUCAAGGGUGGCGCAGCACCUCCAAGACGCUCACCGUGACCUGGGUGCCAAGGAGAAGAAGCGCCUUUUGAGGAAGCUCCAGUGGCGCAAAACGCUGCGGCAGGUGAGAGAACUUCGGGCCUCGGGUCCCGACCCGCCUUUAGCCACCAGGUUGGACCUGGAGGGUUCACGGGGCAGCGAAGCCGCCGCCGCCGCCGCCUCCGCCGCCUCCGCCGCCCCCCCCCCUGCUUCUCCCCUUCCCUCGCAGGGACCGAGCGCCAGCCCCGCCCGUACGACCUCGGCGGACUCCCCGCAGCGGCCGGAGCCAGAGCCGGAGGAGCUGGAGGAGCCAUGUCUUGUUCCCGGCCGACCGAGCGCCAGCCCUCCACGUUCCACCUCGGCGGACUCCACACAGCGGCCGGAGCCAUGUCUUCUUCCCGGCGGCGGCGACGACGUGCCAUCCGCGGACUCGGCGGCGACGACCGGAGUGCCGGAGAUCGAGGACGAAGAACCGCAGGCCCCGUCCUCGAGCACGGUGGGUAGGCUGAGUACAUUUCCUGCAGUCAUCCGUCGCUACCUAGAAGAGUACGGCCGGCACCUGGCCGGGGCAGUACGCUCGCGAAAGCAUGCUGAAAAUGUUAAGUCAAAGAUGGGUCGAAUUGUUGCAUUCCUCAGCUACAUGAGCCGUGAUAAGACCGAGCUGGGCUCCUGGCGCUUCUUGGAUGACGCCGGACGCAUAAUGGCCUGGCCCGCUGAACUCACCGAGCGGGAGCGGAAGGCCGUAACUACCGUUAAGGUCUACCUGGUAAACACAACCCAAUUCCACGUAUACUUCAUGGAGACGCCUCCGAGAAGCUCCAGGCUGUCCAAGCGGCAGCUCGUGUCCGUGAUGCGAGCUCUGAGGUCGGCUACGUGCCAAAUCGGAACGAAGGUGGUGCUUCGGCAGAUCAAGGUCAAGUCCGAGAAGCUACAGCGCUCCGUAACGCCCGAAAUUCUCCGCAGAUGCAUCGCAAAGUGUCGGGGCUGGAUCCCCAAACUCUUGCUGAGCUCCUCGCAAAAGAAGCACGACGUGGGGCUGAGACAUCUGCUGUACGGGUUCUUUGCCCUUUACCUUAUUUCGCUCUACGGCCAUCGAGCCGGCGUCAUGACCAACCUUACCACCGAAGAGGUCCUGGAGGCCGCGAGGGGGGCCGACUCUUCCUCUCCGGGGGUCGUACUCAAUGUAAAGAACCAUAAGACUGCCCGGGUGUUUGGAUGUGCUCAGGUCUUUCUCACCCACGAGGAACUGGGCUGGAUCCAGCGGUGGAUGGAGAUCCGGGCUCGGCUACGUCCGCAGUGCGAUCUGGUCUUCUUCAAUACCAACCAUCAGCACGUGAACACCAUCACUGCGUUCGCCAGGAACGCGUGGGCAGCGAUGCUACUGCCAGGGAGACCCUCGCUUACCGACAUCAGGACCGCGGUCGCAACGAUGUGCAGGAACACCCACUCCAGUGAUGUCCGGACGCAGAUGUCCCGGGUGAUGUGCCACGACACCCGCACGGCCGACCGAUUCUAUGCGAUGCAGCUGGAUGUCGGCCAAAUGGCGGAGAUGAGGCGCAGAUUUGCCCAGUGCAUGGGAGAUGAAGCUGCAGAAAGUUCACAAUAAACUUUGAAUAAUGCACCAGGAUGUGUCAUGUCUCUUCAUUGUGUGGUGGUGGUGGUGGUGGUGGUUGGGGGGUGGGGGGGGGUUCAAGGUUCCAGUCCCGGCCAACCUCUGGUAAUCUGAUCUGGGCUCCGAACCGAGCCAGAGAGGCACCAGGCCCAUCCAGAAGGACCGAGGAGGAGGAGACUCACUCACCGGACCGGCCAGAGCCCACAGCGUUGCUGCCUCGGAGAUCCAGAGAACCAGAGAGAAGAUCCGG